GCUCGUCAGUCGGUCUUCUGCUUAGUUCGGUUGAGGAACGACGUCGACCGUCCUCCAGCAGUCCUCAACAGAGCGUGACUAUAACGUCCGGUAUCGCGGGGUUUUGUAUGGUACAAGUUACCACGACAACAACGAACGUGAUCAAUACAAUAAACUCUAUUUUGUGCGUCUAAAAUAAAACAAUUUUGUGCCCCAAAAAUUGUAAUGUGUAAAAAUCAUUAAUUCAAAAAGAAAAUUGAAUCAAUUUAGAAAAUAAGAAGCAAAAAUAACCAGAGAAAUGGAGGGAUUCAAAUUCUUCCUCCUAAUUUUGAUCACUUCUUCAGUUGGAAUUAAUUCCUUGGAAUUAAAAUCGGGGGCUUACGAAGAUUUAGUCAUCACGAUUUCCGAUGAAGUGCCAGCGAAUAGAUGCAAAGAUAUUCUCUUAAACCUUGAGACGGUCCUUUCAAGCGCAUCAAACUACUUAUUCUCAGCUCUCCAUGGUCGCGCAUUUAUCCGAUCAUCAACGGUGAUUCUUCCCACAUCGUGGCCAAAUUCUUGUUCUCCAAACAAAGUUGUUGCAGCUUCCGGCGAAGAAUCCGACAUAACAAUAUUACCCGGCGACGCAUCAAAAGGAAAAAUGUGGACCCAACAAUCCGGAGGUUGCGGAAAAAGCGGUGAUCAAAUAUAUUUCGGUUAUAAAUCGUUGGAAAAUAAAGAUUCAUCGUUGGGGCAUUUAUUAGUGAAAGAAUUCGCGAUGUAUCGAUACGGCGUUUUUGAAGAGAAAGGUUAUAGAAAUAACCCGAUUCAUCCGCUUUGUUAUUACGAUAAAAAUAGUGAAGUUAAAGUAACAGGGUGUUCGGAUUUCCCGAUUAACGACGACGGGAUUUGCUCUGGAAACGAAAAUUAUAACAUCUCAAAUAUGGUCGAUUCAAAAGCGAGAACUUCGAUUAUGUUCGCGCCAGAAGUUCCUUCGGUUUCUAUGUUUUGCGACGACGGCAACCACGAUUCUUACGCCCCAACGAAACAUAAUUUACUUUGUAAUCGCCGAAACACUUUUGAUGUGAUCCUCCAACACUCCGAUUUUCAUAGUUACUCAGUUGAUAAUUCAAAAACCAUCGCGAACACUUCAUCGAAAAUAACUUACAAAAAGCAUUACUCAACUCGAUACGUUUUUGUGAUUGAAAAUACGAAAAAUAUGGCGGUGAGGGAAUCUUGGAACUUUUUGCGCUCGGCAAUUAGAAAGUGGGUUAAUUUCGAUUUGCCUGAUAACUCCGAAGUUGGGCUUGUUUUAACGAACGAUUCUGAUGCGGUUAUCGCAACGCCGAUUAAACGGUUUAAAAGCGAGGAUAAAUAUAUGAUUGAUUCGGCGCUUCCUUAUUAUACGUCGGAAACGAGUCAAUCUCCGUGUUUGCAUUGCGCUAUAACGAAAGGGUUGGAUAUGUUUAAUGAGAUGCCAUCCCCUGCGACUAAGGUUAUGAUUAUUAUUUCGGCGGGGGUUAAUAAUAACUCGCAAUUAAACGAUGUUGUUAAGAAAGUUAAAGAAAACAAGAUUAAAAUAGCCUCGAUAACUUAUCCGAAUCAAAUUAGACAGAGGAGUUUGGAUUUUUUGGCCGAAUUAACAAACGGGGUUGCUUACACAGUUAACGAGCAAAAACAAAACGUUGUGCAUAGCAUGAUUUCGACGUAUUUCGAGUUAUCCAAUGUCCUUUACAACAUCAUUGAGAGAUAUUACGCAGGGAAUAAAAACGAAAUUGCAUUCGAAAUUCAUCGGAGGGAGAUUAAAAGCGAUCGAUCUUCGAUUACGGGGAGUUUUUACGUCGAUGAGAACGUCUCGGCCCCCAUUAAAUUUAUGUUGUACACUCACAACCCAAGUCCGUUAAUAAGAAGCAUGGAAUUAGUGAGUCCUAGCCAACAAAUUUUCCGGCAACGCGCCGAUUUGCUGGAUGUCAAAAUAAUUUCGAUUCGCCCGAACAUGACCGAAACGGGAACUUGGACUUACAGCAUUGAACCGGUUACGGGAAACCCACAACCUCACUUCUUACAGGUGACAACAACCCCGAGGAAUCGCUCCUCCGAAAUCAUUCGAUCGAAAUUUUGGGUCUCCAAAUCAAAUUUGACCCCCCCCAUUUUAUACGUAGAAGUGAAAAUGGGGAAUAACCCCAUCAUUUCGGCUAAAGUCGAGGUUAAAAUCACUAAAUACGAAGAGAAUGGGUCGAUUUUGCACCAAGAAGUCCUCCAAUUAUUCGACACGGGCUCCGGGGAUCCUGAUAUUAACAAAAAUGAUGGGAUUUAUUCACGGUAUCAUAACCCCUACGUUAGCGGAGCUGGGAAUUAUGAGUACCAAGUCGUCGUUAACGACAACGGAAACACCGCUUAUAUUUAUCAAGCCAUCCCUUACGGAUUUGAAAGCGUCAACCCAAAACGCGCGAUCACCAUGGCUCCUUUCGAGCGAUUCUUAACCCCCAUCACGUUAGAAAUAACCCAAGCCGAAAUCAAUUUCGGAAAUGAAAACCAAUUGGGAAAAAUCCUAGAUUUAAAGGUUGAUGUUAAAGAGGAAAAAGCGAUUUUAUCUUGGACAUCCCCCGAUAUGGGCGGGCAUGAAGUCUCAUUCUACGACAUUAAAUUCGCCGAAAACAUCCAAGAUAUCACCGAUAACUUCGAAAUGAAAACGAGAAAUUGGGAGGGAACCCCACACGCUUUAAGCACAGGUUCCGACACCUCCUUUUCGCUAGAUUUCUCACAACGCAAAGACCUCCUCGAUAAACCCCUAUAUUUUGCGAUCAAAUCAACGUCAAAAGUCUCAUCGAUCACAACGAUUUCAAACUACAUCCGAAUUUACAUCAAAUCUCCACCUCCCCCAUCGACAAUUUCACCGACUUUCCCAACUAACGAUCACUCCUUAACCCCGAUCGAUGAUUACAACAUGAGUGUGCACCCAAAUUUGAUGAAAGAAACCGGGUUUGGCAACGAAAUUAUUUUCGCUGUAAUCGGGGUCGUCAUCUUAUUAAUAAUAAUAUUAACGAUUUAUUAUUGUUUCUGUAUAAAACGAAAGAAUCGAAUCAUUAAAUCUAAAUCGGAUUCGUUAAAAGCCGAUAAAUUAACAACGACAAUUACAAUCGUGCCGAAUACCCCCCAACAAAAUCAAAAUUGUUACUCAAACCACCAAAUUAGCGAUAACGAUCACACAAUUGGAGUGCCGGUUAAUUAUCCGUUUGAAGAUGAACCUAAAAAGCGGUAUUCGUUGGUUCAACAACAAGAACAACAAUUAAUCGAGGAAUUAAAACAACAACAUUUACAAAAUCCGCAAAAUUAUUCCGGGUUAAGUGUUAUUUCAAAUGGAUCGUUACAACGAAAUCAUGAUUCUCAAAAUGUUAAUUCGCAGAAUCAAAAUUAUAUUCAACCGACUUUAUCCCCAUUUAAUUCUUGGAGUGCUUCUCAACUUCUUCACGAACACGAACGCAGACAUAGCCCGGCUGAUGAACAAAUGUUGACUCAACACCAAGAAAUAAUGAAUCAAUUAGAUCAUAUGUCUUUGAACGGGCAAAACGUUGAUCAUGUCAGUUUAAGCAGUCAUCAUCAAAUGGGGAAUUUGGAUCAUUAUAAUAACGGUGUAAGUGGGCAUGUUCCACCUCCGGUUCCACCGCUUCCCGUUUUUAACGGUGGUUAUCCCCCGGUUAAAUACAUUUACGGUGUUCACCCGGCGUCGAAUCAAAUUUACCAAUCAAUGCCGCGAAAUACCGAUAAUUACUCGACCAGUUUGCAAGGAUCAAUGAAUUCGGUGAAUAGUGGUGAGAAGAAACGAAGAAAUGUUACGAUGGUUUAACGGUACGUUAUCGUGGAUACAGUGACCAGUGUUACGCACACAUGCGAGACUAUUACUUAAUAAUAAGGGUGUAUUUAUAAGGAUUAAAAGAAAAAUUUGACUGUAUAUUUUUUGUACAAUAUUUGUAUGUAACUUAAUUUAAGAAAAGAAUGAAUCGUUUUUAAAUAAACCUAGUCAUUAUUAUUAAUGUUUCUAACUUUUUCUUACAAUUAGUAAUUAAUAGAGAGUUUUGAAUUUGUGGUUAUUAAGGUGUGCUUAAUAAAAAUAAUAAAUAAAUGAGCCAGUAUAAAUAGUAUCAAGUAAAGAAGACUGAGUUCUAAAAUUGAUUUGGAAUUAUUCUACUUAGGAUUUAAUUAAUUGCAUAACAACAAAAUUGUGUAAAAAUGAAGAAAUUAUAAUAUAUUAUUAAUUUGCUAUUAAGAAAUUUGUCGUUUUUUGUUGUUGUGUGAGAUGUAAUUAAUUUUCUUUAGGGUAAAGUAGAUUUUGUACUUAUACUCAUUGUAAAUAUAACCAUAUUAAGAUAAUCUUUAAUAAAUUUUCAUGAAAAAGAAAAA